GUGAGUCCAGCGCGUUCACCUAUUUACACGUUACGAAUUACUUAUUUGGAAAAGUAGUCAAGAAUGCCAGCGGGGAUGAGGCAAUUGCGCACGAUGGUUCCAGCCGACAUCCGGUUCACUCAGAUACGUAUUAGUAAUAUCUUCGGGAGACCAGAUGAAAACAGAGGACGGAAUAUCGGAGAGACGCUGGACGAUUUGUGUGACGAUGUAUGUACCGUGGGGAGCAUCGAUCCAGUACGAGUGUUUAGGCACAAAGGACACUGGUGGAGUAUGGACAACCGCCGUCUGUGGGUCUUCAGACAGUUCCACGCCAUGGGGCGGUGCGAUGAGAUACCAGUGAUAAUAACAACCAGAGAGGAAAUGAACGACGACAAGUUUGACGCGACAACUGGGAAGGACAUAUUCGUGAGGGGACCAAUAAGCAGUCGAUGGUACAAGAAAGCGCAGGCGGACAAGGAACGAGCGAUACAGAAGAAGCUAGGCAAUAAGGGUCUUGGACGAGAAACACAACACGAGAAGGGACCUAUGGUUGGUUUGAGAGCUACUGCUCGAGCAGGGUCAAAUGGGCGUCCAGCUGUGAACCUAGUUCACGGCAAACGUGGAAGAUGUGUUAAUUCGGCGACGGGAAAGAUAGACAAUGUACCAGCCAGUAUCAACAGAUCCCCAUUCUGGUCUAGAGUAUUACUGGGUUUUCUCAUCGCUUGUGUUCUCUUUACGGUAUACCACUACCUGUUCUCCAUAAACGAGCGACGCCGUUGGUAACGCGAUCAAAACUCUCACUCGUAUUUAAUAAGAUGAUUCGUUUUCCUAAAAUUGAUGUGUGAUAAAUAGUGGAAAAUAAAAUAAUGAACCGCA